UCACAGAAAAAUCCGAGGCUUGGGAAAAUCGACAAAAACGAAAAGGGAAGUGAGAUGUUUCAUCAUUCUCUGUUUCAGUUCGGUAAUGGCGGAGAUUUGCUAUUUUGGGGGUCUGGUCCAUUAUAAAGCACCAUCUCCUUUCUCUCUUCAUUUUCUCUUCCGCAGCAAGCCCCAUUACUACAAUUCCACUUCUCUCAUGGCUGAAUGUCGUUCUUCCUCCACCGUGGAGCCUCCUUCUCUUCUCGUCUUCUCAGGCGGCACUGGAUUUAACGGUGUGGUUGAAGAGUUGAAGAAGUUAACAACCCGAGUCGCUCAUGUUCUUCCUGUCUCUGAUGAUGGAGGAAGUACUGCUGAGAUUGUUCGUGUUCUCGGCGGGCCAGCGGUUGGUGAUAUACGUUCUAGGUGUUUAAGGCUGUCUGAUGAAAGUACUUCAGAGGCACUUGCUGUUAGGCGGUUGCUCGGCCAUCGCUUACCUAUUGAUGCACAUCAGGCCAAGAAAGAUUGGUACGAUAUUGUAGAAGGUAAUCAUUCUCUGUGGGAUGGUGUAUCAAGACCCUACAGUGAAACAAUCCGCGCUUUCUUGAUUUACUUUCAGAAUGAGAUUCUCAGACGACCUAAUGAGAGAUUUUGCUUCAGUAAUGGAAGCAUUGGGAACUUCUUCUUUGCAGGAGCAAGAAUAUUUUUCCAGUCUUUAGAUGCUGCGAUUUUUCUGUUUUCACGUGUUUCAGAGAUUCCUUGUGACAGUUUGGUCCUCCCAGUGAUAUCAACCAAUGAUAGGCUUACACUAGGAUGUGAAUUACAGGAUGGGACUAUAAUACGCGGACAGAACGAAAUCUCUCACCCGACCAAUGGAACUAUGCAGACUGUUGACAAGAGACAUUGUUCGAAUUCCGCUCUUCCAUCAAAGAUAAAGAGAGUGUUUUACAUGUCAAGUGAAGGCAAUAAUCUGCUUCAUGAGGUCUUCCCACCAGUUAACCCAACUGUCCUGGAGCAGUUGAGAAGUGUGGACUGUAUCGUUUACGCAAUGGGAUCCCUUUUCACUUCCGUUUGCCCAUCACUGGUUCUGCUUGGUGUCGGGGAGAUUAUCUCUUCCAGGUCAUGUCGUAAGGUACUUCUGUUGAAUGGUAGCCAAGACCGAGAAACAAGCGGGUUCACUGCUUCCUGCUUUGUGACUGCUAUUGCUGACGCUCUCAAUAGGACUCAUGGAGAUCCUAAUAUCCGGCUCAAGAAUCCCCCUGGAUAUUACAUCAACACUCUCUUGGUCCCGAAAGAUGGAGAAAUAGCUGUAGAUCUCAAACAAUUGUCUGAACAAGGGAUCAAAGAUGUUGUUAGUAUCUCUGUCCUUCACUUGUUUUCAAGUUUAUGUGCACAACAAACACUCACCGUUGCGUCCGCUUUGUUGCAGAGAGUUGUGGAAUGUGUUGGUGACCCGAAGCAUGGUAUCUUGUUCAACCCGAGCUCACUGAUAAAUAUGCUGGCCGGUUUGGUGGAGUAAAUAGUGAUUCUUUAGGCCAGAGCUAGUUUCUUCUUUUAAGCAAAUGAAACCAUUAUUUCUUUGGUUACUGUUAAAUUUGAUCCUUUGGUGAAUUGAUAUAAAAGGUUAUGAAUGGUCAAUGAUCAUAUUCUUAGCUAAGGAAAGACAAACGCCUCUCUUUCU